AUGCCAGAAAAAGCGGAGAUUUCUCGUCAAAUAUUCGUUACCACUAGCGAAAUUGAAGCUCUUCCAUCAGCUGUUGACUGGCGCAAAUAUGGUAUUGUAACUCCUAUCAAAGAUGAAGGUCAAUAUGGUGCUAGUUGGGCUUUUUCUAUAACUGGUGCACUUGAGGGUCAACAUGCGAAGAUUUAUAAAAAGCUCGUUUCUCUUUCCGAGCAGAAUCUUAUUGAUUGUUUUCCAUCAUGUGGCAACUAUGGUUGUAAUGGUGGUUGGAUGAGUAAUGGUUAUAGAAAUGUUACAGUUCAAGCACUAGAUACCGAAGAAAGUUAUCCAUAUACAGGUGUUAAGGGACCAUGUCGUUUCAAUCCUAAUACAAUAGGCGUCACAUGGACUGGAUAUACCGAUAUUAUAUCUGGAAGUGAAUUAGCUCUUCAAGCAGCUAUAGCAGAAAUCGGUCCUAUUUCGAUAGAGCUUGAUGCAUCACAUAGCUCCUUUCAAUUCUAUUCAUCAGGAGUUUACAAUGAACCUAAUUGUUCAUCAACUCAACUGAAUUUUGCUGGUUUAAUUGUUGGGUAUGGUACUCAAAGACAAGAUGAUUAUUAUAUAUUUAAAAAUUGCUGGAGCACAUCAUGGGGCAUUCACGGAUAUAUGUUAAUGAGUCGAAAUAAGAAAAAUCAAUGUGGUGUAGCUACAAGAGCUUCAUAUCCAUUUGUUAUUUAA